CCCAAUAGCGGUGUGCGCGUCAAACAGUUGCUGGAACAUGUCACGUGUUUAGGAUUAGAGUCUCAUGCAUGCACGAUUAACUACAAUAAAUUAAAAGGGAACACAAUGACGACAUGCAUAUUUCUACGAAUUAAUGUUUGAGAUCUUCAAGAUUUCAUGUUUCAUGUGACGAGUGCUAAUUUUACACUCUAGGCUACUUUGACUCGAGAACGAUUUCAUUUCCAAGUUUUCCUAAUAGGGCAUUGUAGCAGCAAUGAGGUUAAUCAACUUUUUGAUGAAAAAUGUCAACACUAAAAUCGAAUACUACUCCAGAUUUUCACCUUCACCGAUGUCAAUUCAGCAGUUUCUCGAUUUCGGUCGGGAGAAUGCAUGUGAGAAGACCUCCUACAUGUUCCUGAGGAAGGAGCUCGUUGUCCGAUUGGCCAACACCAUGCGAGAGGUCACUCUGUUGCCAGAAAAUCUGCUCAGUCAACCCUCUCUCAAACAUGUGCAGAAGUGGUAUAUGCAGAGUUUUGAGGAGCUGCUAGAAUUUGAAGCCCGAAGCCCAGAGAGUGGUCGUACACUGAAUGACUUUCUGGACACCCUUAAUAAGAUACGCAAUCGGCACAAUGAUGUAGUGCCCACAGUGGCCCAGGGGGUGAUCGAGUACAAGGAUAAGUAUGGCUUUGACCCCUUCAUAAGCAGCAACGUACAGUACUUCCUGGAUCGUUUCUAUACCAACCGAAUAUCCUUCCGCAUGCUUAUUAACCAGCAUACACUCCUCUUCGGUGAUGCCACUGCCCAUCCCAAACAUAUAGGAGGCAUUGACCCUGCCUGCAACGUGCCUGAAGUGGUGAGAGAUGCAUACGACACAGCCAAGAUGCUCUGUGAGCAAUACUACAUGAUGGCGCCAGAUCUUGUCAUUCAGGAAUUCAACAGUGAGUCUAAAUCCAAAGAAAAGCCUAUCCAGGUGGUGUAUGUUCCCUCACAUCUCUUCCACAUGCUCUUUGAACUGUUUAAGAAUUCCAUGAGAGCCACAGUGGAGUUGCAUGAGGACAAUGACAAAGGGCUUCCUCCAGUCACAGCUUUAGUGACCCUUGGAAAAGAGGACCUUUCAAUAAAGAUCAGUGAUAUGGGUGGUGGAGUGCCUCUCAGGAAAAUGGACAGGCUCUUUAACUACAUGUAUUCAACUGCACCUGCGCCGAGUCUGGACUCCUCACAGUCUGCAGUCCCUCUGGCAGGAUUUGGCUAUGGUUUGCCAAUUUCCAGGCUGUAUGCACGCUACUUCCAAGGAGACCUCAACUUAUACUCAAUGGAAGGAGUGGGGACUGAUGCAGUCAUUUACCUAAAGGCCCUGUCAAGUGAGUCCUUUGAACGUCUUCCGGUCUUCAACAAGUCAGCCUGGCGGCACUACCAGACAGGCCCUGAAGCAGAUGACUGGAGCAACCCGAGCAGUGACCCUCACAAGUACAAAUCAAACUGAUAAACUUUACCAGGCAUAGAGAUUGUGUUAGCAUUUAUUCAUUUAUUUAUUUUUGUGAUUGAAAUGUGCACUGCCAGUUUGUUACACAAAGGGCUUGGAGGGCCGCAUACGUCUCCAUGGUGUCAUAUCCAGCAGAGUCCAUAAAGAAGCUUGCUGAAUGCAGGAACACAACUUAAGCUGUCUAAACAGAAUGAUGAUCAUAGAAUGUAGCAAUGAACUAUAUGCCUGCAACAACAGAAAAGAAUGGAAAUGUUUGUUUACUUAUAUUUGUUUACAUACUAUUUUACUGAUGCUGGUGGAAGUACAUCCUAGGCUUUUUUUGGUUUGUCUCACUUUUUUUCUUUCUUUUUUUGUGAACACAGCACACGUGGAUGUAAAGGUGGAGAUUUAAAUCUGUUAUGCCAAAGUUUUAGAGGCUUCAUGAAGUUUACACUAAUUUAACAAUGGAUGUGUCAGUCAAAAAUAUGGAUAUGUUACUGAGGUUGUUGUAUUGCACUUUAAACAUUCUUAGGCACAUAAACUAUUAUGUUGAAAUGUGUAUGUGUUAUAUACAGUACACAUCAUGUGUAUAGCGUUUAAUAUCUAAUGCUGCUGUUGUGUUUUUCAGCACAAUAUGCAGUUUACAUUAUCUGCCUCCUUUGUGCUGUUUUUGAUGCAUGGAUGUGGCCAUUGACACGUGUAUUACUUAGAACUGUAUUAAACUCAGCAAUUUAACUAA